UUGUGAGUAACGUUUUCACAAUCGAAUUGACACCGGGGCAGUACGAGGUGGGAGGGAGAAUAAUUAAAUCCCAAAUAAAUAGUCUAGGAUAUCCUCGGAGAAAACCUACAAGAUAAAUCAAAGAGUGAGUUCAAUCGCCAUUCGCCCGUUGGCACAAAGAGAGAGACAUCUAUGGGACGGCCACGGCAGCACAGUACAACCGUUUUCUCCUUCAUUUCUCUAUACAUUGGAAGAAACAAGAGGGACGCAACUUGCAAUGGCAGAGUUGGAAUUAUGGCAAUGACCAAUAGUUUGAAAUCAGAGAAUAGCCUAAUGAAACCGGAAAGUGAAAUCAGAGAAUAGAUUAAUGAAACAGAGAAGGUUCAAAUCAGAGAAUAGCAUAAUGACACGGAGAAGGAGAAAUCAGAGCGUGUGGGACCAAAACAAAGAAUAUAUUAUAUUUUAGGUCACGCAUUGCUUUGACUCUCAAAGCACAACGGGAAAGAGCACGGCGCACGGGCACGGGCACCGGGAUUGCAGUUGAGCAUUUGAUUUGAGCUGCCGCCUUGCACAGCAUGGAGAGAAAGAAACCUCUGCCCACUGGGCACAGACGUCAAUUCAAUGUCUAUUCCAAGUUGGUUCAAAGUCAUUUCAUUGCGUGGUAACAACGUUGAUUCAACCAGUGUGUGCUCAGUGUUCGUACUGCGUCCACUAAAUACUUUCCAGAGAGAUUGUUCUUCUUCUUGAAGUGGAAGAUGAUGAAGUCACUACCUGGGGGGUAAAUAAUCAACAAUACUCGGCGGAAAGGUCCCUUCCCCGAGCGCAGGUGGAUCCAGCUAAGCGGUGGAACAGGGUUUUUGGACGAGGACAGGAGCAACAACGCACCACAAUAACCUCUGAACUACCAGUCUGCUACACCGUCAAAAGAAUAGGCCUAGCCAUUCAUUCCUAGAUCUGCUUCUUGGUGUCCAUAUGAUGCUAAAUCGCUUCACAAACUGGAUGUGUAUCAGAACUUCAGUAUGGUGAAAAUGGAAUAAUCCAAGUGAUGUGGCCGCUGUAGAACGGACAUUGAAUGGGCGCGCAACGCACAAAUCAAUUUGCACUAUAGGAGUGUAACCCUACUCAAAUGAUUAUUUUGUUGGCUUUCCAAGCUUGCUUUCGUUGGAAUAAUACCUAGUCUUCUCAUUUGGGCUAUAAUAGCCUGUAAGGAUGUCUGAAGCACUCGCCCCAGCCCAGGCGCUCUACAUCGGCAUGGAGGUGGUGAUUGCCGUCUUCUCCGUCCUGGGUAAUGUGAUGGUGGUCUGGGCGGUGAAAAUUAACAAGUCGUUGAGAGACACAACAUUCUGCUUCAUCGUUUCUCUGGCCCUGGCGGAUAUCGCAGUGGGAGCCCUCGUCAUCCCCUUGGCGAUAACUAUCAGCAUCGGACUCCAAACUCACUUCUACAGCUGCCUAAUGGUCGCGUGCACGGUGCUGGUACUGACGCAAAGUUCCAUCCUGGCCCUCCUGGCAAUUGCGAUUGACCGCUAUCUCAGGGUCAAGAUUCCAACCAGCUACAAGCGUGUGGUGACAAAGCAGCGAGCGGCCGUGGCGGUGGUGGUGUGUUGGACUGUGGCCUUCAUCGUGGGCUUGACCCCCAUGCUGGGCUGGAACAACCUCUGGAGGCUGCAGCAGAACGGUUCCCUGAACGAGGAUCUCAUCAUCACCUGUCAGUUUGAGAACGUAAUCAGCAUGGACUAUAUGGUCUACUUCAACUUCUUUGGCUGGGUGCUGCCUCCUUUACUCCUCAUGCUGGUCAUUUACACAGAGAUCUUCUACAUGAUCCACAAGCAACUCAACAAGAAGGCUUGCACCACCAACCACACCGAUCCCAACAAGUACUACAACAAGGAACUCAAACUGGCCAAGUCCCUGGCCCUGGUUCUCUUCCUGUUCGCCAUCAGCUGGCUUCCCCUCCACAUCAUCAACUGCAUCACAUUGUUCUGUCCGAACUGCGACAAACCCCUGUUCCUGAUCUACAUCGCUAUAUUACUCACGCACGGCAACUCAGCCGUCAACCCCAUCGUCUACGCCUUCCGCAUCAAGAAGUUCCGAGACGCUUUCCUGAAGAUCUGGAAGCAGUACUUCUGUUGUAAGGACGUACCCGCCAUCUUGAACCAGCCUAGUGAGAAGGAUAGGAAAGAGAACCAGAAUGGCAACGGAAAUGGAAACGGGAAUCCUAAUCCGAACAGAGACUCACAGCCAGCUCUAUCGCCACCACAAGAAGGGCAGCAGCCUUCACUAGAGCAGAUGCAGGAGGUCAAGCCCCAACGGCCACAGUCUCACAAUGAUGAUCCAACACAGUAGAAACCCCCAAUGGAGCUCAACAAUAUCUAACUAACCCCGGAAACAGAAGGGAGUUUCUACAUUGAUGUGUCAGAAACCCUAUGAGUUUCUAUGUCUUGGGAGAUGAAUAGAGGUUGUUUAACAGGAGUCAGAGGCAUCCUCAUAGUCAUUCUGAAUGUAUAGCUAGCUACCAAUGGAGGAGUAUGACAUAGUGAAAGAAAAGUUUAACCAGUUUACUUUUUGUACCUUGCACCUGAAAGGCAUUGGAUGUGUUUGUGUGUACACCUUUUUUUAAUGGGAGUGUGGCAUGUUACCUACUGAAUGGAAGGAUUCAGGAGCAGAGUUUGGCGGCUUGCAGGACUUGUAAAGAUAUCUUACAGACUGUGAAAUCACAUUUUAACAGGCGGAGGUGUAUUUGAGUUUGAGGCAGAGGAAAAAACAUUGAAAAGGAGUAUUAGGGUUUAUAUUGUAAAAACAUUGAAAAGGAGUAUUAGGGUUUAUAUGGUAAAAACAUUGAAAAGGAGUAUUAGGGUUUAUACUGUAAAAACAUUGAAAAGGAGUAUUAGGGUUUAUACUGUAAAAACAUUGAAAAGGAGUAUUAGGGUUUAUACGGUAAAAAACAUUUUCCCACCAUUCAUUUUUCCCAUAGGGGAUUUUAGAAACACUUAAAGUAAGGGUUGUGUUUCAUGUAGGUUUACCCUGGCGUGACGUUUAGAUUACCAUGUAAAUCUCUCUCGGACAAGGUGACUUUUAUCGACAUAUUCGCCUCUAUUUACUCUCAGAAUUGAUAAUGCUAAUUAGCAUCAAAGUAGAAAUCCCUGCAUGUCUUCUCUAGUUGACACCUUUGCUAACAGGUAUUGUGUCAAUUUAAAACAGUUAACAGAAUUGUCCAUUUAAAGAAAUGUAGCCAAUUUAUUCAUUACUACAUUUAGCUAACAUUUACCCUGCUGGUCAUCUAUGAACGUUUGAACAUCUUGGCCAUGUAUUGUUAUAUUUCUCAAUCUGGCACAGCCAGAAGAGGACAUGCCUGGUUCCUCUCUAGGUUACUUCCUAGGUUCCUGCCUUUCUAGGGAGUUUUUCCUAGCCACCGUGCUUCUACAUCUGCAUUAAUUGCUGUUUGGGGUUUUAGGCUGGGUUUCUGUAUAGCACUUUGUGACAUCAGCUGAUGUAAAAAGUGCUUUAUAAAUAAUUUUGAUAGAUGGUGGAAAAACGAUUGGAACCAUUUCCCUCUUUGACCGUUUGGUUUUAUGGGUAUUAUGACUCAUUCUGUGGUACUCUAUUAGGGUUUAUGUGGUAAAAACCAUUGAAAAGGAGUAUUAAAGUUUAUACUGUAAAAACACUGAAAAUAACUAUUAGGGUUUAUAACGCUAAAAAAGGGUAAUGAAACAUUUGCAAUAAUGCAUUAUUCAAUCAGAUCCGCUUUAGGAGGUGUCGGAGGUGAAACUGCUUUCGAGCUGUCAAGUCCACAAGCAGCUCCUGGAAUUAUAUCUCGAGCGGACAUUACCACUGGCUACACGGAAUCCCAUGUAGCCUUGUUUACAGAUUUGAAUGUUAGAUCUAGGCUGAUAGAAAUCCUCAUUAUUUUGUAUAAUGAUUUUCAAUUUGAGCAUCAUCUAUAUAGCCUAGACUUUCUCGUUCUGAACUUCUAACGUGAAUGGGAGGGGUGUGGCUUCGUGACAAUGAUCAAGAGCAGUUGCAUCGAUUUGACAGCUCCGACGUAAUUACACCUCAGACACAGCAAAAACAUCAGCUAUACGGGUUUCGGCUAUCGCCAGUUAACGCUUGAUCUGAUUGAAUCUAGGCCUAAAUCUCUUUGAUAAUGAGACAUCUUAAUAACAAACUAAUCUGGAGACACUAAGCUUCAAUUUACAGUUAACAGAACAGUGGAUCUUUAUGACAUUGUGAAAUUGGAAAGGAACUGGUAGUUGAUAUGAUUCUCAUCACAAAAUGUGCAAAAUACAACACUGACUGUGAGGUCAAAUCAAUGUCACGUUCUCAAAAUGUUUUACAUUUUACCAUGUACAAAGAUGGCUUAUAAACCGAAACAAAAUAAUCGUAUUUUUUGUAUUAUUUAAAAAAUAAAAAAUAAAAACUAGACAAGUCGGUUAAAGAACAAAUUCUUAUUUACAAUGACGGCCGACACCGGGUCAUUAUGGGACUCCCAAUCACAGCCGGAUGUGAUACAGCCUGGAUAAAACAACAUGAAAAUGUGACUUAAAAGGGUUACAGAUGUUCCAAUUGUCAAACGAUAAGGUUCAUCUCCCUGCUGUUCAUUAAACUGAAUUGAUUUGAGCUGAGAAAGGCGUAAUAUGAAUGUAAUGAUGUGAAUUAAAUGUAGCUACUGUGGCAGCUCGUUAGCUAUGAAUGGACACAUAUCUUGAUUCAGGGUCUUAAGACACAAGAAGCACAGCAGAGGAAUGAGUGGAGCUUUGUUUCCCUCUCCCUCUCCUCUAUACCUCUCCCUCUCCUCUACACCUCUCUCUCCCCUCUACUCCUCUCCCUCCCCUCUAUACCUCUGCUGUCCUCUCCCUC